CAAAACCGCCUUCAUCAACCUCUCAUCUUCAGCUAUCAAUUGCGAAAACCAUACUUUUAGCAAGAAAAGCGAAGGGAUUCUUCAACGGAGGCCGCUGAGAAUCUCAGUCAAUCCAAUCACACUCGUAUCUGUCAGGGCCUACGCAUUAGUCUCGGAGCACUCUUUGAUUGAUAGAUACAAGGAGUUUAGUUGUAAAGAAAGUAUGACAGUGGGAACCAAAGAGGGUAGCUUAUGGAAGGGGGGUCAAAAACAUGAGACUGUGGACCCCGAGAGUCGGGGGAAUGAACUGAAAGAAUUGAUUAGGUGGUCGUUAGGUAUUGUGAGACCGGAGGUUGCAAUCGAUUUGGGGAAGCCAACAUGGCGGAUUAUCAAGUGUGACAGCUCCAAUAAUUCUUUGGAAGAGCUUGCUGCUGACAAAGGUGAAGGAUGCCCAUCGAAAUUCUUGACUAUGUGCCUUAACUCAGUUCAAGAAGCCCUGUAUCAAGAUGAGCCGUAUAACCCCGAAGAUGACAUGCCUUAUUUUACUGAUUCUUGGGGAUUUGAUUUUUGGAGGUGUUACAACAAAGGAAUUGAUGUGUUGGAUAAAGAUGGAGCUGAUUCUAAGGCUAGGAAGAUUGCUUGGAUAGCAUCAACUGCUGCUGAUUCAAUCUCAAUGAAGGAGGAAGAGGAAGAGGAAGAGGAAAACCAAGAGGAAGUGGAAGAGGCAGAUUCAGUGGAAGAGGCAGAUUCAGUGGAAGAGGCAGAUUCAGUGGAAGAGGCAGAUAGCCCUUUCCUUUUGUAUCUUGUGCCGUCUCAAGAAAAAGCUUCCAAGGUGCUCGAGGUCUGCAAGACUUUGGAAGAAUGUGGCGUAUGUACAUUGUUUUUGCACUCGGGUGUUUCCAUGGAUCUCCAAGUUGAAAGUUUAAAGAGUUCUGAACCCGAAUUUAUAAUCGCCACCCCAGAGACGCUCCUAGAGCUUUUGUCAUUGAAGGCGGUUGAUAUUUCCGAGUUGGCAUUAAUGGUUAUAGAUGGACUAGAAGCCCCUGUCGGAGGUACUUACCUCGAUGCUGUCAAAUCAAUCCGACCAUUUAUCUCUGGAAAUACCCAAACUGUCAUUUUCUGCGAUCACAUGAAUGCUUCAUCCCCUUCUGCUGGUUCUAAAGCUGAUCCAUGAUCAAACUGCCUAAUGAUUUCUUGGUGCUCUAUCAUCUCAAAAUUUUUGAAGGGGAUGAUAGCUAUUUUAGGGCUUCAAUAAAUUCUUUUUUUCGUUCAAUUUUGAUCCUUCUCCAUACACAACACGAAGACGACUUCGCUUGGUUCUUGGCACGAAGAAAAUCUUUACAUCCCGACUACAACUGAUUCGAAGAAUGCAUAAAAUUUUUUGUUGUGAGGUCAUAUGUUUUGUGGGUGUGUUUCUUCUACUUCUUUGGGAAUGAUUGUGAAUCCAAUCUUUUUUGGUGUGACACUAUUAACUGUCAAAUGAAGAAAGCUUGAGUUUGGUUUCA